AUGGGAAGUUGCAGCUCUUGCGUGCGGCUUAUGCUCGAUGCGGAGUCCGACGUCAAAAUACACGGUUAGUCUUGAAACUUGACUGAAAUCUCUGAUCGAGGAUUUAUAGUGAUCGAACCAACUUCUAUCAACGGCGGCGGGGAACAGUCGGUGAUACAUAGGGAGACUCCAGCCGAACGAAUGCGACCGACUCUUGAAGUACCCCAGUUCCAUCGACCGAGGAGAGAAGAAAAAGAAGAAGAAUCCUGA